CCAGACUCUUCUCUCCCUACUCGUUUUAUAUAUCUUCUCUGCUUCCUUCAUCUUUAACGCUUCAACGCAAACAGAAAGCACUGAACUUUCGAACGUUGCAAUUCGUUUGCAAGAUCGUUUCAUCGCAAAAACAGAAACAGUAACAAUAAUGUCGUGUACGUUAGCGGUUUCUAACUCUCCCGUGUUUUCUCCGUCAUCGUCUCUGUUUGAACCGCUUGCUCUCCCGUUAGCCCACGUUAAGUUUUCGCCUUCGUCUGCGUUGUCUCCGACCCCUUCUUCUCCUUGUUCUCCUUUUCGGUUUCGUAUUCAGAAGCCACUCACUAGAACGACGUCGUCGGCUGCAGUUGCGGCUGAGGCGUCCACACAGACGAUACUGAAAAGAAAGAGGCCGGCGAAGCUUCAUAUUCCCGUUGCUGCCUUGGGCUUUGGAGGGUCGGUGACUCCCAGAGAAGGGAAAAGAGAUGAAGUGGAAGAGGAAAGAGAAGGGUGUUACUCUGUUUAUUGUAAAAGAGGGAGAAGAGAAUUUAUGGAGGAUCGUUACUCUGCUGUCCUUGAUUUCCAAGGAGAUUCGAAACAGGCUAUCUUUGGUAUUUUUGAUGGACAUGGAGGCGCCAAAGCUGCUGAAUAUGCAGCAGGGAAUCUAGAUAAGAACAUUUUGGAGGAAUUGACGAAGAAUGGUGAACAUGAAAUUGCGGAUGCAGUCAAACGUGGUUAUUUGAAUACAGAUUCUGAGUUUCUAAAGGAAGAUGUCCGUGGUGGCUCAUGUUGUGUGACAGCUUUGAUACGAAAAGGAACUCUUAUUGUAUCAAAUGCUGGUGAUUGUCGAGCUGUGAUGAGCCAUGGAGGCCUAGCUGAGGCCCUCACAUCGGAUCACCGCCCCUCAAGGGAGGAUGAAAAGAACAGAAUUGAGACUCUGGGUGGCUAUGUUGAUUUGUGCCAUGGUCUAUGGAGAGUGCAGGGAUCUCUUGCUGUGUCUAGAGGCAUCGGUGAUCGCCACCUUAAACAGUGGGUAAUAGCUGAGCCAGAAACAACAAUCAUAAGAAUCAAACCCGAAUACGAGUUCCUAAUUCUAGCAUCUGAUGGCUUGUGGGAUAAGGUUAGUAACCAGGAAGCAGUUGAUAUUGCUCGCCAUUUUUGCAGAGACAUUGAUGUACCGGCACCGAUGUUAGCUUGCAAAAAGCUUGUAGACCUCUCUGUGUCUCGAGGUUCUGUUGAUGACAUUAGUGUGAUGCUGAUUCAAUUGAAUAGCUACAUUUGAUUUUUCCCCAUGACUACACAUGAUAGGAAAAUCCAACCAAUGCCCAGGCCGAUAGUAAUUUCUUCACUUUUUAGUACUCACCGGUGCUAUGUUUUGAGGCUGAAGGUGAAGGGGGGGUUGGUGAUGGGAUGUUAAGAGUACUCCAAUAUUUAACCACUCACAGCAGAAGAAGAGAGAAUUUGAUACUUACAUUCUUUUAUUGAUUUAUUCAUAGAGAUUCAUUGACCUUGAAAUGUAAAUAAUAAGUUGAUUAGAGAUGCUUAGAUUAUUUUUCCCCUUUAAUCAAAUAAUAUCAGCUUCAUUUUUUCCA